AGUGAAUUCGACUAAAGUUAAUUGCACAAAACGAACACAACGUGAUCAACGUGGUGACAACUUCUCAUGUAGAUUGUUUUGGCAAAUUUUGGAUUUUUUCCGAACUAAAUAACCCUUACACCGGUCACCUCAGUGUGAGGUUUUAUAUUAAACAAGUUUUGUGCUUUGUUCGCAAUAAUGACUUCCAUAAGAAGGGUUAAAUCCCUGGGCAAGAUUGGCGAAAGCAAAACUGUCCGAUUUGGAGGGAAAAUUUCUGAUGCAUUAGAAAAGUUAAAGCAGGGUGAUACCAGCAACUAUCAUCUUGUUCUUCAGCAACUACGGGAUCCAAACAUAAAGUCAAGCCAGAUAAUGGAUUGGUUUCAAGAGGUUACUUCAUUGUCUCAUCUUUUAGACCAAGAUCAAAAUGAAAUUGUCAAUGCUCUGUUAAAAGUACGUUGGAUGGAACGAGAAGCAGAGGUAGUUUCAACAUUCCGUGUGUUUGUUGUCGCUCUUGUUUCUGCAAAUUCUGUUCAUUUAAGAAGAGUUAUCAAGUCACUGACCCAAAAUCUAAUUCCAGAUUCAAAAUCCAAUGCCACACAAAGCAACCACCCCAAAGUAACAAUGGAGGACAUUUUUGAGCAAAUUCACAUUGUCUUUAAAGAAAUACUGCGUAUCAUUCCAAGGGCAUCAGAACCAAUGCUAGCAGUGUUUAGUCAAGGCUUCCCUUUCAUUCGUAAACCAAAUGAUUCCUUGAUCUGGUACGUCAAAAACCUCCUGUUCGUCACAUCUUACCAGCCUAACAUGAGAUCUGCAAUACUUGAACUGGUGAUAAAAAAUCUCAUUGAUUUGGAUGCUGUCACUCAUAGACACGAGAUAGAAAUGAUGGAAAACAUUGAAGAAAUAGACGAUGACGAAGAAAUUAGUUUGUUUCAAAUGGACGAAGAGAUGCAAGAAAAUGAAGAAGAGAUAAAAAUGAAACAUCCACUUGCCAAUAAAUUGGAUUGCGCAAUGCAUAUUUUGUUUGAAUAUUUUUACCAAGUUUCAUACAGGGAAGGGGAACUACAGUUGCAAGAAACCCGAAAACUUUUUCGUGAAAUUGUUCAUAUAUUUGACACGGCAAUAAUGCCGGUACACCAACUUAUCCAUGUACAGUUUGUGGUGUUUUACAUCUGCAGCUUAAAACAGAGUUUUGUUGAAUCGUUCAUCGAACAUUGUUGGCAGAAAGUUGUGAAUCCUAACAUGCCAACAAUCGUACGACAAACCUACAUUUGUUACAUUGCCAGCUUAUUAGCACGUGCCACCUAUAUACCAUUAUCAACGGUGACAGCAUGUAUUGACUUGAUGGUUGGUUGGGCACACAGUUACUUGAGAGAGGUCACCGAGUUCAUCUCACCAGAUGUAUAUCAUUGUGAUAUAACCAGGCAUGGGACGUUCUACAGCAUAUGCCAAGCGACAUUCUAUGUCAUUAUCUUUAAACAUGAAGACAUUUUGAAAUCAAAACUAGGUCAUAAAUAUUUCCACACCUUGAACUUGCAACAUCUCAUAGUUAGUCCACUUAAUCCUUUAAAAGCUUGUUUAUCAUCUGUGGUCAGUUUGUUCACCUCUACAAUGAGGCAGCACCAACUUGUGUAUUGUGACACAAUAGUGGAAAGAAACAAUCGACAAAUGUUACCAGUUGUUGGCAUGGCAACUUUAUCUGUAAAAAAUCCUCUUGGUUCAUUUUUUCCUUUUGACCCUUAUCUGUUAAAAAGGUCUUCUACUUUCAUCCACCCGAUAUACAAAGUGUGGGAGGGGAGGUCGCCUCAUUGUGAAGAUGAAGACAAUGACGAUCCAAAUAAAGAAAAUAUUGAAGAUCAGGGGUUAUUUGAUGAAGAUGAUAGUGGCAUCAAGGGAUCAUUUUCGAAUCAAGUUCCCCCUUCUCCAUUAUCACCUGGUUUUCAACAUGUUACUCCAUCUCCUUACUAAUUAUAAAGCUGUUUGCAAUAUACAGUAGAGUUUGGAAAGAUGGGACACCUUUUGUAUUCUAUUUUUAAAAAAACACAAAACAUUUAAAGGAUUAAAAAACGGUAUCCUCAUGACCCCUGUAGACCGUUGUUAAUUGUUUAAAAUACGAUCCGGAUAUUUGGAUAUUAUGUGCUGAAGGUGUCCCGUCUUACCCUGCAGUUCUAUACAAUUUUUUGAACUGGCUGUAUUUUACUGCCUCAUAUUUCAGUUCCAAGUGAUAUCUGCUUUGAGAAUUAGUCUCAGUAAUAUUUAAUGUCGUGCUAGAAAUGCUGUUUUUUGCAAUUAUGUGCCAUGGAUAAGUGUUGCCAAAAUCGUUCUUUUAUUGUUUUUAUUUCCUUUUUUCCAUUCCUUCCACAGUGCUGUUGUAUGUGGUGUUCAUAUUGUACGUUGGUGGUUUUGCUGAAAAGCAUAUAGGCUUAAAUAUCUCUUAGCUGAACGCUGCCAUCUUAAAGCAAUGUUUUCCAAAUACUUCGUUUUGUAAGUGCGUUAAAAUAAACCAGAAAACGUUGGGAGA